AUGACAGAUUUUGUUAACGAAUUAGUGCACACAGGCAGUGAAGACAGUAUCGACUGGGAUAAAAGCUACGAUAGCGAACACAGCACAGGCGUCGACGGUAAUAGCGGUAACGAUGGCGGUGAUGGCGGUGGCAGUGAUGAGGCUGGAGAUAACAUACCUGACGAACGCGGUCUGCCGAAAUUGGUACCCAAUAAGGCAUUCUGGGACCGUCCGACAAGACGCGAACAUGAGUAUGAUCAUACACCUGAGAACAUUCUAAAAAGGAGCGACUUUCUCAACUUCUUCAAGUUGGUGCAGUCCAUGAACCCUAAUCUAUAA